AUGGGAAAGCAAAGCGGCAGGUAUGAAAUGGCGACGGAAUCGACUAGGAGGAAAGGUGCAGCUGGGCAAACGUAUAGUGAUGCCAUUUGCAGUUUUGUUAUCUGCAAUGAGUCUUCCCUUCAGCGGCAACAAAUCAUCUUUAAUCCAGACUUCUUUGUGGAGAAGCUGAGACAUGAGAAGCCUGAAGCAUUCACAGAACUUGUGGUCAGCAACAUUACCCGAUUGAUUGACUUGCCUGGAGCAGAGCUUGCUCAACUGAUGGGUGAGGAAGAGCCCCAGUUGCCUGGUGGGACUAGCAUUUCCUCAGGUUUUUUCCGUUCCUUGAUGUCUCUUAAACGCAAAGAGAAAGGGGUGGUAUUUGGAGCACCACUGACUGAAGAAGGCAUUGCUCAAAUAUCUCAACUUGUUGAGUAUUUGCAUAAGAAUUUGCGGACAGAAGGCUUGUUCCGAGUGCCUGGAAACAGUACCAGGCAACAGAACCUGAAAGAAGCUUUGAAUAGUGGAACAGAAAUUGACCUGGAUUCAGGCGAGUUUCAUUCCAAUGAUGUGGCCACUUUGUUGAAGAUGUUCCUGGGAGAAUUACCAGAGCCUUUGCUGACUCACAAACAUUUCCAUGCACACCUUAAAAUUUCAGACCUAAUGCAGUUUGAUGACAAGGGCAACAAGACCAACAAUCCAGAUAAAGAGCGUCAGAUUGAAGCCCUGCAAUUGCUCUUCUUGAUCUUACCAGCUGCCAAUCGCAAUCUGCUCAAAUUGCUGUUGGAUCUGCUCUAUCAAACAGCCAAGAAACAGGACAGGAACAAGAUGUCAGCACAUAACCUUGCUCUUAUGUUUGCACCUCAUAUUUUGUGGCCCCGAAAUGUGACUGCCAGCGAUCUGCAGGAAAACAUUAACCAACUGAAUAACGGGAUGGCUUUCAUGAUCAAGCACUCACAAAAACUCUUCAAAGCUCCAGUAUAUAUCCGGGAAUAUGCCAGGAUACAUUAUUUGGACUCCAGAACUCAUGCCUCAAAGGAUGACCUGGAUUUGCCAAUGCCCCAGAAUUUCAAAGACAUUCAGCUUCUGAAAUUCAAGAACCGAGGGCUCUUAGAUCCUUCUGCCCACUUGGAAGACACACAGCACCAUACAGAAGAAGCACUGAAAGAGCUUUUCUGCCAUGUUCAUAAUAUGCCAGAUUCUGCCAAGAAAAAAAAGCUUAUUCAGCAGUUUCAGAAGCACCCUGAAGCCCUUACUCCUCAGGCAGCUGUAUCCACACAGAUUCAGAAACGUGCCCGAACUCGUUCCUUCAGUGGCCUAAUUAAGCGUAAAGUGUUGGGAAGUCAAGUGAUUUUAGACAAAAAGAAAAAUGAUACUGUUCCAGAAUCUGCAUGCACUAAGGAUUCAAAGCAUAGCAGCAAGGAGAAUAUCAGCAUGACACCAGCUUCUUCUCCAGCAAUUAAUGUGAUAAGAGCUAAGCUGAAAUCUCUUGAACACAGGAAAGAGGAUGCCUCUAAAAAUACUUGAUUUCAUGGAACUUCAAGAGUAUUCCACUUGAGCUGAUGGUAUAUAUGUCUAACUUCACUUACUGGAGCCUACAGCUAUGUGCCUUCCAGAAUAACAAGACUUUCUCUUUCAUAAGGACAUUUCUAUCUGCCCAUAUGUUGAUGCACUGGAUGAUAUUUGUAGUGUAGCCUCUUUGAAGAGGUUAUUAUUUAGUAUUACUUUUAUUCCCAACUGUUUAUUAUUUUGACAACUGUUUGAGACUUGGUUUGCAUCCUCUGUCUAUGUUCAUCUUUACUGGUGAAGCUUUGUUUUUAGCAAGACUGUGUCUGUUUUUUUAACCUGGCAGUUCCCAUUAGCAUCCACCACAGUUAAUUCUUGUUUGCAGCUACACUCCUUUUGUGAUCUUUGGAAAUGGCAGUUCUGUAAUUAUGACCAGGGUUGGAAGAGGAGUAUUACGUUUAACUAUCUCCCACAGGUUGCUUUCACACCAAUUUUUCAAUCCCUGAGCUAUCUUGGCACAUUUUUAGAUCAAGAGCAUGGAGAAAUUGUACUGUGCAUAAUCUUCAGAAAGUGUCUCAUUAACAAAAUGUAACAGGCCUCUUUAUUUGAAUUCUACUCAAUGUUCUGAAUCAGUUACAUUUUUCUCUUUUCACAGGACUAGUGAUUUCCAUUGCUAAAUGUACUUGUCCUGAGAAUGCCAUUCUUAUUUUCUCCUCAGUGCUGUGGAAACAUUUUGGAUGAAGCUCCCCAGCACCACCAUUACAUUUCCAUUGUUUGCAAUCCAGGCUCUGACACAUUUUUCAGGCAGGGCCAAGGAACUGACAGUUUAAUGACUAACAAUCUACUGGACGAAUACUAAAAGGCAGAAGAGCUUGUUAAUGUGGAAGGCGGCUGACUUGCUCAUUGGGAAGGUGGGAAGGCUGUAAAAUAAAU